UACACAAGUUGUCAUUGCGAGUUCUACGAGGACGUGAACGCUUUUUUACAAGUUGGAAUCUCGUAAUUACGGGAACUCCUAUAUGAACGCACCUUAUGUCACAGGAUAAAAGCAGAGGCAGCGGGUUUUGUACUUUUGAAAGAUCAUGGCCUCAGUCACAGUAUUCCUUCUGAUUUCGUCUAUCUUCCCCUCUCAAAGUGAAAUAUGUUCUCUGUACUACACAUACAGCGCCAUACUGAAAUCUCUGAGCUCUCGAGACAGUUAUGAAUCUUACAGUUCAGUCGAACUCAAUGACAUACAGAUGAGUUUCUGUAACGGUGUGGAUAAAGCAGAUUUCUUGACACAGUUGUGUGAGGAGUCUAAGAGUCUGUUCAGAAAUGAUAGUGAUGAGUUGAAAUAUAAACAACAAUGGCUUCAAAUCAACCUCAACACACUGAGAAACGACACAGAUCUUCAUGUUCUUCAGUGGAGACACGGCUGUGCAGUUGAACGUCUCCCUAAUGGUUCAGUAACAUUUCUUCAAGGCACUGAUAAAUACGUCUAUGAUGGAGAGAACUUGACCUUUGGCCUCCCUAUGCACUGGAAUGAAUCAGUUUCCAGCCUGGAGAGGAGAUGUGUGGAAACGUUAACCAACUUUAGUGACCUUCAACGAGAGAGAAAAUUCAUUACGGCAGCUUGUCCUGAGGUUUACUGUUCUGUAAAAGUGUCUGGAUCAUCAGAGCAGCAGGUUCUGGUGUGUUUGGCCACAGGCUUCUUCCCUAAACAUGUACAAAUGGAGAUCCGACACGAUCCGAUGCCAUUACCUGAUGGGCAGCUGAACUUAAGUGGAAUCAGACCAAACGCAGACGGAUCCUUUCAGCUGAUGAAGUGCCUGAAGAUCCUGCCGUCUGAAAGAUCUCACUAUCAGUGUGUGGUGAAGCACCAGACUCUGUCUGAACCACUCAUUGUCAGCUGGGAUGAAGUGAAUGUCCUGCUGCCGGUGAUCAUUGGAGUUGUAGUUGCUUUAGUUGUUCUUGUCAUCAUUCUUCUUGUUUUUUAUCUGCUGAGAAAAUAUGUUAAAUAUCUAAAAUCUCUGGAGAAACAGUCAAAAUUAAGGGGAAAAUUGUGUGUCAAACGUGGAUGUGCCCGUUAUUAUGCAGGUGAAGUUCCCGUUGGGCCUCUCAACUAUCAUACAGCACAAACAGAAGAAAUAAGACCAGAAACACAUGCACGUUUGGCUGCUGCUUUAAAUGAUUCUUCAGAUGAGGAAAACACAGAUGACCAGUGGCGAUUUCUUUAAGACUGCAAGGGAAGCUCAGCUUCCCCUAUAAUGUCACAAAAUUAAUGGUCAAAUUAUGUACUGUUGUAUUAACAUUUUCUUGACUAAAAAUGCGUUAGAAAACGUUCAUCUCAAAGACGAGUUCGUUCAGAAUCAGUUAGAUAUAGCAGGUCGGCUGACUUGAUUUUCUUCUCAUACAUUCCGUAGCGUCACAGUGCAUUUCCCCGUUGAAGCCCAGCGUCCAUUGACUUCAAUGCGGCUGCUUUGAACAUUUUUUUUCAGUGCUUUGAAACUAGACGGUCAUUGGAUAAACGCUGCGAUUAUGUCCCGCCCACGGACGCUCAGCGUCUCUGGGGGUGAAUGAGGAGCAAAUGAGGAGUGGGCUGGCCUGGACUCCGAGCUUCUGCGUGAUGAUUGGAGGGUCUGUCGAAAGAUUGCAUCUCCUUUUGACUGACAGCGAUUUUGUACUAUAAGGAAUCGCUGAAGCUAUUCGCGCUCAGUCCCAUCGCGGAUU